AUGAGAAAGAGAAGACAAAUUACUCACCCUAGUACCUAUCAUUCCAUUCCUGCCAAACAUUCCACGAGGAGAAUAACUCGCAUCCUUACCCCUAGUCCUAGAAGCUCUUAUUCUGUCGAGAGCGCCACCAGUACUCAAGCAGAUGAUGAUAGCUCUCAAAUGACUCAAGCAUCAACAGAUCCCAAUGAUGAUGGCCCUCAAAUGACUCCAACAUCAACAACUCUCCAAGAUGGAUUUUGGCAUAUUAUCAACCAUACUAGAGGAGGAAUAGAACAGGAGAAUGUUAAAGUGAAGGAGGAAGAUAAUAAUGAGAUUGAGGAGGAAGAUGUAGAUGUGCUUGUGGAAAAGAAAAGGAAAAAGAAGAACGACAAGAAGAAGGUGGUGGAGAUCUUGGAUGUGGUUGUGGAGAAGAAGAAGAACGACAAGAAGAAGGUGGUGGAGAUCUUGGAUGUGGUGGUGGAGAAGGAUGAGAAAAACAAAGAGAAGAUUGAGGAAGAGAAGGAUGAGUAUGUGGAGAAGGUGAAUGAGGAAGUCAAAAAUGAGGAUGUGGAAAAGGUGAAUGAGAAAGACAAUGAUGAGGAUCUGGUGAAUGAGGAAUAUUUGGAGAAUGUGAAUUUGUUGAUUGAGGAUCUGGUGAAUGAGAUAGUUGAGGAAGAUGUGAUGAAUGAGAAGACUGAGAAAUUGAAUGAGAAGAUUGAGGAUUUGGUGGAUAAAGUGAAUGAGAUGGUGGAGGAAGAUGUGAUGAAUGGUGAGAAUAUUGAGAAGGUUGAGGAUGUGGUGGGAAAAAAUAUGAUGAAUAAUGAGAAGAUUGAGAUUGAGGAUGUGGAGGAGGAUGUGCAGAAGUUGAAUGAUGUGGUGGAUAAGGUGGAGGAGGAUGUGAUGAAUGAGAAGGAAGAGUUUAAUGAGAAAAUUGAGGAUGUGGAGAAUCUGGAGGAUUUGCAGAAGUUGAAUGAUGUGGUGGAUAAGGAGUUGAAUGAUGUGGUGGAUAAGGUGAAUGAGAAGAUUGAGGAUGUGAAGAAUGUGGAGAAGGUGAAUGAGAAAGAUGUGGUCCUCAAGGAUGAUGAUGUGUUUGUGGACAAAAAGAUACAGAAGAAGAAGGUGCAGAAGAAUGUGGAGAAGAAGGAAGACAAGGAGGAGGAGGAUGUGUUUGUGGAGAAGGUGGAGAAGGUGGAGAAAAGGUAG